CACAGCCCACCCAUCGCUCACAGGACCUCCGCUGCCUCGCAGGUGUUUGGCAGGUCUUCACAACCUUAACCUCUUGACACCACUACCAACAUGAGUGUGGAGACCAGGAGGCCACGUGAGGCUUGUUGCUCCCAGCUCAAGCUCUUCCUUUUCUCCUUGUCCUUUGUGUACUUCGCCAAAGCCUUCGGGGGCGCCUAUAUGAAGAGCUCCAUCACCCAGAUUGAAAGGCGCUUUGAUAUCCCAAGCUCACUUAUAGGAGUCAUAGACGGCAGCUUCGAGAUUGGAAACCUCUUGGUGAUAGCCUUCGUGAGCUACUUUGGGGCCAAGCUCCAUCGGCCCCGGCUGAUCGGGGCCGGCUGUCUCAUCAUGUCGGCUGGCGCUUUCUUCACAGCCCUACCUCACUUCUUUCAGGGACACUAUAAAUAUGAGACCAGUGUGCUUCACAACACGGAUGUAAAUGCCACAAAGGGCAUUCUCCCUUGUCUCACCAAUCAAAGCGUGAGCGCUGAGACACUGUCACCCGAUACCCAAGCAGCUUGUGAAAAGGAAGCCGGUUCGUCCAUGUGGGUCUAUGUAUUCCUGGGGAACAUGCUUCGGGGGAUCGGGGAGACUCCCAUCGUGCCUCUGGGCGUGUCCUACCUGGAUGACUUCUCCAGGGAGGAGAACACUGCCUUCUAUUUGGCGUGCAUCCAGACAGUUGGCAUCCUAGGGCCCAUGUUUGGGUUCAUGCUUGGGUCUUUCUGUGCCAAGCUCUACGUGGACAUCGGAUCUGUGGACUUAGACAGCAUUUCCAUUAACCAUAAGGACACUCGCUGGGUGGGCGCCUGGUGGUUGGGCUUCCUGGUGACCAGUGUUGUGAUGCUACUGUCUUGCAUCCCGUUCUGGUUCCUGCCAAAGUCUCUGCCCAAGCAGGGCCAAGACCAGAGCCAGGCCAAAUCCUCAGAGCUCUCCACGGAGGUCGAGCAGGAGAACUUCCUACCGGAGGACAUCACCGAUCAAGAAGAAAAACAGAAGCCAGUCCAGUUUUGUGAGCUGGCCAAAGAUUUCCUCCCAUCUCUGAAGAGACUUUUCAGCUGCCGUGUCUACCUGCUGAUAAUCCUCACCUCUCUGGUGUCUGUCAACGGCUUCAUCGGCAUGAUCACAUUUAAGCCCAAAUUCAUGGAGCAAAUCUACGGCCAGUCCGCUUCCAGGGCCAUCUUUUUAAUAGGUAUAAUGAACUUGCCAGCGGUGGCCCUGGGCAUCAUCACGGGAGGGUUUGUGCUGAAACGGUUUAAGCUUGGCAUCAUCGGAGCAGCCAGGGUUUCCUUCUCUGCUUCCUUACUGUCUUUCAGCCUGCUCACAAUCCAGAUUUUCCUCCACUGUGAAAACACAGAUGUGGCAGGACUCACUGUCUCCUACCAGGGGGCUACACAGUUGUCCUACCAGCCAGAGACUAUGCUGUCCCAGUGCAACAUGGGCUGCUCCUGUUCCCUGAAACACUGGGACCCUGUGUGUGCCUACAAUGGCAUGACAUACGCUUCCCCCUGCCUGGCAGGCUGCCAGACCUCCACAGGCACUGGCAAGGAGAUGGUAUUUCAUAACUGCACCUGUGUCGGGGAGACGAUCACCCCGGGUAUGAACAUGUCAGUCAUACUUGGUCAGUGUCCCAGGAAUAGCGGCUGUGACCGCAUGUUCAGAUUCUACAUGGCCGUGUCGGUACUGGGAGCAUUCGUGUCCGCCUGCGGGGGAACUCCAGGAUACAUCGUACUACUCAGGUCAAUACAGCCCGAUCUGAAGUCACUGGCUUUGGGUAUGCAGACAUUGAUAGUCAGAACUCUGGGUGGUAUCCCUCCUCCGAUAUAUUUCGGGGCACUGAUUGACAGGACAUGUCUCAAGUGGGGUACCAAGCGGUGUGGGGGCCGCGGUGCGUGCAGAUUCUAUGACUCCAACGCAUUUAGGGUGACGUUCCUGGGUUUGAUCUAUGCUUUGUACUUCCUAACAAACGUACUCUGGUGCAUCCUCUACCGCGGAGUAACCAGGAAGCAGAGGAAAGACGCUAAAGAAAGUCAAGGUAAAGAAAAUGCUCUGGAGGGGAACAGAGUGACCAAUGGACAUGCCCGAAUCAGCAUUAUCAAGAGCACAGAAGAUACAGAUAGGGAGAGCACCAUUUGAGCUGUUGUGCUGCACGUCAAAUCGUACAAGAUCUCAGUACAGGUCAAAGGUAUACAUUCUUUUCCAUUGUGAAAGCGCCAUGUCAUACACAUGGCCCAACUAUGGCUACGGCGCAGUCUCAACACUCUUACGAUUUUUCAGUUGUCAUGCUGAGAAAUUGUAUACCUCACUUUUGCACUGCUACUCUGCCUGCAAAAAGGCAAACAAAUAGCUAUGUGUUCGUGUUGUGAAGUUGAUGAUCAUGACUAGAGCGAAUUUAAAUCAACAGAAAUUAUAGUAGUAAAUGCUGGUAAAUGAGUUUCAUUUUGCAUGAACAGACGAGCCAAAACAAUAUGACCACCUGCCUAAUAUGCCGUUGGUCCUCCAUGUUGCGAUAAAACAGUGCCAACCUGCUGAGCCAUGGACUCUACAAGACCCCUGAAGGUGUCCUGUGGUAUCUUGUGCCAAAACAUUAGCAGCAGAUCCUUCAAGUCCUGUAAGUUGCAAGGUGGGGCCACCGUGGAUCGGACUUGUCGGUCCAACACGUCACACAGACGCUCAAUCGAAUUUAGAUCUGGAGAAUUUAUGGGCCAGGGCAACACCUUGAACGCUUCAUCAUGUUCCUCAAACCAUUCCUGAACAAUGUGCACUGUGUGGCAGGCUGCAUUAUCCAGGUGAAAGAUGCCACUGGUAUCAGGGAAUACCAUUGCCAUGAAGGGGAGUGCCUGGUCUGCAAUGAUGUUUAGGUAGGUGGCACGUGUCAAAUUGACAUCGACAUGAAUGGCUGGAACCAGGGUUUCCCAGCAGAACUCUGCCCACAGCAUCAAAUUCCCUCCACUGGCUUGUCAUCUUUCCACAGUGCAUCCUGCAGAGCUGCACUCUGACCAGUCUGCAGCUACGCAGCCCCAUACGCAGCAGGGUGCGAUGCAGUGUGUUUCAACACUUUCCCCCCAUACGCAUCAUUAAUAUUUUCUGUGACUUGUGCCACAGUAGACCUUCUGUGGGUUCAGACUAGACAGGAUAGCCUUCGUUCC